GGCUGCACGUGCACGUGUGCAUGUGUGCGAGUCCACUCAUGGCAGCGGACUAUGACGGCCCGUAGAUUUGACAGCUAGCUCAAUGCGGGUUCAGACGUUCAUUAUACAUCGGCCGUAAUUUUCGUGAAAUAAUUGACGGCGACAAAGUCGGUUGUCCCCGCGAAUUUGCAGUGUUUUGUUUUGACGAUAUUUUCGCGCGCAAACUUUGUUUUUGAUUAGCUCGGAUUUCGUGUUUACCGACUGCCGAGUGACAUGUGGAAGAUCGUUCCAUUUAAAGAAGUUGUCUAUUAUGUUGCCAAUUGGGUGUUUCGUGCUAGAGAUUAGUUCGCGGGGCGGUAUGACUGAAAUAUCGCCCAUUUCCCAUUUCCAACUAGAAAGAAUAAUUUAUGCGAACACUGAAAAACAUAAAAACUUUACUCUCUAAUGAGAUACCGGAAGACAAUAAACUAAAUCAAUUAUGUCAAAAAAGAGGUGAUAUAUUUAAACUUUUAAAGCAUUUAUCUAUAUAUAAAAGUUAACGAUGUGUAGUUGAUAUUGGAUAUUUUCGGAGCAAACUGUGCCUAUUUAGUGGAUGAGUGACAAGAUUAAUAGUGAUUCGUUAUUUACUUUGGAAAUGUGUAUUGGUUUUGUAAUUCGGAAUCCAGUUGGAUAUCACGUGAAUUGAUUCGCCGAGGAUCCGAUGAGGAGACACCGUCCGCCGCGUGAGCCGCAAGUGAGAUCGAUCGUGCCCGUGUAGUGAAUGGAAUCCGAAGUGUUUUUGUGGUGAUCGAACGGUGAUAGUGUCGGCCCGGGUGGCCGAGAAUCUGCAACGGAAGAUACGGACGUGAGCCGCGCGGGCUGCGGGCCCGCGAUGAGCGCCAACAGCUGCGAUAACAUGGCAUACUUCUCCAACGCAUACAUGCCGGAUAUGCGGAACGGCGGCCAUGAGCACCAGCAGGCGCACGCGCACUACGGCGCGGUGCCGCAGCAGGGGCACGAGAUGGACGGCUGCGACCAGCAGCUACGGCCAGCCCAGCACCACUACCCGGCCCAACCGGCGCCGGGGAUGCCCUACCCUAGAUUUCCACCUUACGACCGGUUGGGUUACUAUCCUCAAAUGGAGCAAAACGGCUACCGACCGGACAGUCCGUCCCAGAUGGGGCACAUGGGUCCCAAGGACGGGUACGGGCCGAACGGUCACCAAGCGACGCCGGCGUACACGUCCUGUAAGCUGCAAGCGGCGGCGGCGCCGGCGGGCGUGCCGGGCAGCCCGCCGCUGGAGCAGGCGCAGCAGAUGCCCCACCACAUGCACUCGCAGCAGCACAUGGUGCAGCACGCGGUGCCGCACCAGCAGCACCUCAUGUACCCCGUGGACGACAUGCAGCACCAGACGCAGAUGCCGCCCAUGCACCAGCAGCCCAUGCAUGCGCAGCAGCCUCCCCCCCAGCAGCCCCCGCCUAACACCAACGCAUCGCUGCCUAGUCCACUCUACCCCUGGAUGAGAAGUCAAUUUGAAAGGAAGCGGGGACGGCAAACGUACACGCGGUACCAGACGCUAGAGCUGGAGAAGGAGUUCCACUUCAACCGGUACCUGACGCGGAGGAGACGGAUCGAGAUCGCGCACGCGCUCUGCCUCACGGAGCGCCAGAUCAAGAUCUGGUUCCAGAACCGGCGAAUGAAAUGGAAGAAGGAGAACAAGACCAAAGGCGAGCCCGGCUCUGGAGACGAGCCGGACAACAUGAGUCCGCCCACCUCGCCGCAGUAGGCUCGCCGCGCGCGGCCCAACCAGAUCUCUGUUUCAGAUUCCACUAAGGCCAUUGAACAGUUGGUUUUCGGUGUCCAUUUAGUUGUAACGUCGAAUCUUGAGUUUGCAUCAACGAGUGACGAAUCUGAAACGACCGAUCCAACGGCCGCUGUUACUAGAACAGUUUAAUUUGUAUAAAUUGUAUGUUGGACUUUUCAUGAUAAUAUUACAUUAUAACUAGCAUGUAACUUAGUGACAUCGCAUAAAGAGUAAUGAUAGUGUGAUGAAGAGAUUUUUGCAGUUGUUAAGUAUAAAUUUAUUUAUAGAACAAUCUCAAUACCAAUAAUUACCAAAAAAGCAGUGUAUAUGAUUAGUAAACUGCAUCGAUAUUAUGUGAUUAUUAUACAUGGAUAAUUAUCAUUUUGGUAUUAUCUUAUCAUCCACAGAUUGGUUAUUUAUUGAACUAUUUUUUGCAAAGUGCUUGAUAGUCUUCGUUAUUUAUUAUUCUAACUGAGACACUCUUAAUAUAAGUUUCCGAAUAGCAAAUCUGUCAGAAGCUCUUAUAGAUUGCUUCGUACCUUCACGACUAGUUAGGUAGAGAAGGUCUUUAUUUAUUUCUGACAUCAAGCAAAUUGCAAACAAUCUAAAUUCUCAAAGUUUUCGCAUGAUAUUGAAUCACAAAACCAUAAGGACCUCUUAUAAUUAACCAUUGAUAAGAAGGCAAUUAGUAACGAUAUUGUUAUUAUUUAAUAUAUUUGACGUUUAUUUCUAAUUGCUGUCGAAUUGCUAUUCUGUAAAUACGUACGUAAUAAUUUUUAAGAUUUAAAUAUUGUACAAUUGUUUUAGUGUGAAUAAUUUUAUUGAGAUUAAUUUGAGACACAACGACUAGUUCAUUUUGUUAGCAACAAGCCGAGCGCUGGUUUUGUGAAUCUCAGUUCGGUUUACUUUCUUUAUACAUUCUUUGUAGUUUGGGAAGGCCAGUUACACGUGCAAUGUAUACGAUUUUCGAUAACACCAUAUACGUAAUUAACUGAUAAUAAACGUAAUAGGAAAUAUUAUAAUUAAUGUAAAAUGUUACGAGAAUGACGUUAAUAAUUUAGAAAAUUCUUAUCGAGAUUCUCAAUAUCCUUUGAUAUAAAUCUAUUACUCGGACGAAAUGAAUGUUGUGCCAUUCGAUGGAGAAUUCUAAAAGACAUUUCAUUGUAGAAAACAUCAGGUGCAAAUCGCUACUUAAUAAUUUAUUAUUAAUGAAACAAAAGUUACCUUCAAUUUCGUAGGUACAGAGAAAGUGGAUAUAUUUCUUAUUUUGAAUCUUAUUGUGGAAUGGGUUGGUACGGAUCGUCGUACAUUACACAGUAUACCAAAGUUAGAGAAUAAACUGGUGGGUGUCACGUCCGUAGAGCUAGCGGCUAGGGCUAGGAGUAGCGACCCAUAUACAAGCGUCGAGAACACCUCACUCUAGUAAAAGGUAUUUUUAUAAAAUCAUUGCUUUAAGAAACCGAUAUACGUAAAGAAAAAUAUCGAACAUUGAAUAUAUUUACUCGUAACGAUAGUUUUACGAAUAUUUUAAAAGGAGAGUGAUAUACGAGGGGUGAGCUGUUGUCAGGAUUCUGGUUAUACGUGUUUCGUAAUAAUGUAAACUAUUUGUAAAUUGAUUUUUCACGUAGGUUGUAACUAGUGAACGUUUUUACUAAGAACCCAGUGAGCCGGUUUCAUUUAUACAUAUUUUAAUUUUGUGCUGUGUUCGUUAAGUAAAUGUAAAUUGUAAUAAUUGUAUAUUGUCGAUAUAUCCGAUAUUUAUUUAUUGAUUCACUUAAAUUAGUUAUCUUUCGUUGACUUCUGUCUUCUCUUGAAUCGGGUAAAGUUAGUGCUAGAACUGUCUGGCUAAGGGCGAAUUUUGUUGUUUAAUUUCGACGUUUGCUCAAAAAAAUAAUCUUGUGUUUGUGUUGUACAGUUGUUUGUAGUAGUAAGCGUUGUUUUGUCCAGAAAACUUGAAGCUAGAAUGUAUGUUUUGAUGAUAUUUAUACAAAAUCUACAUCUGUAAGAAAUCGAAAGUGCAAUCCUAAAUCAAGAACAGAAAUCCCUAGCCAGAUGGAGGUCUCAAUGUCGAAUUUGUCUUGAAACAUUUAUUUGAUGUAAAAUUAGGUUUAUUGAGAAAAUUUACUAUUAAGUUUUGACGUAGGUAUACUCAGAACUGUCCUUAAAAUUUUGGAAAUUGAAUCUUCACUUAGAGAAAAUCCCUGGUUAAAACGAUAUUAUUUACCUACCAGUUUAUGUCUUAUUGAUUCAAAAUUUAUGAAAUAUAACUAUAAUUAGUAACUUAAUAAGGUUAGGUGAGACGAUAUUGUCAUAAAUAUAUAAAUACAUGAAAUUAAUAAAGCAUAAUGAUUGUA